AUAUACAACUUUGACAAUGGACGUUUUUUUAAUAGAUAGACAAGGAAAAAUGAUAAGCUCGAAAACAAAUCUUGGACGAAACGAUGAGCAGAUCUCUGGAUACUUCCGUGACGCAAAAGCUCCAGAAAUGGAUGAUUCUGACGAGGAGCGUGAGUUAACAAAUUUAAAUUGGUUAUUACGUAAUCAAAAUCUGACGUGGUCAAAAACAAUUGAUGGCAACUCUGAGGAUGAUAUCAAUAUUCAAGCUGAAAAUCGGCAUAUGACCACUGGGGUCGAAAGUCUCAAAGCUCAAAAGAUAUUAACACCGUUAGAACAAUGUUCGUCAAAAAAUUCGGCAAAUAACUCUUUUAUCCGAAAUAUUAUCAAUUACCCUGACUCCAGAAAACAAAACUCAUCAUCAACACUGUUAAAGCGUCCAACGCCAGCGGAGAGAUACGAUAUUUUUAUUAACAAAAUUAAAAGUGAUUUGGCGGAAUAUGAAAAAUCGGCUUAUUUAUAUAAGACAGAUGUAACUCACAAGCCACCAUUUAACUACUCCCAUAUUAUUGGGAUGGCGAUGCUCGAAAACGGACGCGUUACACUUCAACAAAUUUGUGCAUGGAUUGAGUCUAAAUUCGCAUUUUUCCGAGUGCGUAAGAAAUGGAAUAAUUCGCUUAGUUACCAAAGUACGUUAAAUAUACACAGUAUAUAA